AGCUCCUCCGCUCAGAUCCGGUACAGCAUCCCGGAGGAGCUCACCCGGGGCGCCUUCGUGGGCAACAUCGCGAAGGACCUGGGCACCGAUGUGGCGAAACUGGCGGCAGCUAAUCUGCAGGUACUAUCCGAUUCGGAUUCCCAGUACUUCUCCGUCAAUGUCAACACUGGUGUUAUAAUGGUCAGCGAGCGGAUAGACCGGGAGCAGCUCUGCGGGCAGAACCCACGCUGCUUCCUCCACCUGAAACUUGCCAUCGAGAACCCAGUGGAGUUUUACCGCAUUGAGGUGGAGAUCCUGGAUAUCAAUGAUAACCCCCCAGAGUUUCCCAGCGAUGAGGUUUCCCUGCGUAUCUACGAGCUGGCUUCUCUGGGUGCCCGCUUCCCCAUCCAGCCUGCCCAGGACCCUGAUGUGGGCACCAACACCUUGCAAACCUAUCACCUGAGUGCCAACGAGAACUUCAACCUCAAUGUGAAAGCACGCACAGAUGGUGGCAAGUUCCCUGAGCUGGUGCUGGAGAGGGCCCUGGACCGGGAACUCAGAGCUUUCCACUACCUGGUUCUGACUGCUGAAGACGGUGGCUCUCCCCCCAAGUCCACCAAGACACACAUCACUAUUCAGGUCCUGGAUGCCAAUGACAACCACCCAGUCUUUGACAGACCGUCAUAUGGAGCUCGCUUGGUGGAGAAUUCGCCGCUGGGCACCCUCGUGGUGAAGUUAAAUGCCACUGAUGUGGAUGAAGGGCCCAAUGGAGACAUCCGCUACUCUCUCAGUAGCCACAACUCAGCUGCCUUACGCCAGAUUUUUGCCAUCGAUGAGCAAACUGGAGAGAUUCGUGUCCAGGGAAACCUGGACUUCGAGGAGGCAACGGUGUAUGAGAUCGAAGUGGAGGCCAAGGACAUGGGGUCACCCACAAUGGAGGAGCACUGCAGCGUGGUGGUGGAAAUCACUGAUGUGAAUGACAAUGCCCCCGAAGUCAUUCUUACCUCCUUCUCCAGCUCCCUGAGUGAGGAUGCACCCCCAGGCACAGUGGUGGCCGUGAUACACGUCAGAGACAGGGACUCUGGUGAACAGGGCAAGGUCCAAUGUUAUGUAUCUCCAGAUCUUCCCUUCCAGCUGCGUAAGGAUUAUGAGCACCAGUACUCGCUGCUAACCAGUACCCAUUUGGACCGGGAGUACGUUGCCUACUACAAUGUCACUGUCUCUGCCUCGGACCUGGGCAGUCCCCCUCUGUCCCGCCACACCAUCUUGCCAAUCACCUUGGCAGAUGUCAAUGACAACACACCCCAGUUUGAGCAAGCAUCCUACGAAGUGCUGGUGGCAGAAAACAACCCAGUGGGCAGCGUACUGGUUACAGUCUCUGCUGCUGACCCUGACUCGGAGCAGAAUUCCCGCCUCUCCUACUCCAUCUUGCGAGCUGGCGGGACAGAUCCAGGCCUGGAUCCAACUCGCUACCUCUCCAUACAUCCCACAAGUGGACGGGUCUCUGCCAAAUUCCCCUUUGACUAUGAGCAAACCACCUAUCUCCAGUUCCACGUGGAGGUUGCUGAUGGUGGCUCCCCGGCCCUGAGGAACAGGACGCUGGUUCAUGUUUUCAUAGUGGACCAGAAUGACAAUGCCCCACAGAUCCAUUUCCCUAGGGCUGGUGAGGAUUCUGCUACCCAGUUCCGAAUCUCUCCCUCCACUGUCCCUCCUGCUCUCAUCACCAAGGUGGUGGCAAUAGAUGCGGACUCGGGGCGCAAUGCCUGGCUCUCCUACCACCUUGUGGAAGCCACAGACCCGGGGCUUUUCAGCGUGGCCCUGCGCUCUGGGGAGAUCCGGAUCAUGCGGGCGCUGCAGGAGACGGACGCUUCUGCCCAUGAACUGCUGGUGGUGGUUCGGGACACGGGGGAGCCUCCACUUUCCACAGCUGUCACUCUGGUGGUGCUGGUGGAGGAAAAGGGCCCAGAGGCCUUGCAGGGCUCCGAGGCUAGGGCCACUGCUGGUGGGGGCUUACCCACGAUUACACUUUGUUUGAUUGUGUCCCUUGUGCUCAUCUCCACUGUCUCGCUG